AUGAAUAGAAUACCAAAUGACAAUGAUUCUUAUGAGAUAGCAAUUACUGAUAAUAUAUCAAGUGAUGAUGCCAACGUUGUUAAUGAAUACAUUGAUUCUGCACAAGCAUCAUACGAAGAGACAGGUGGCAUUGUGUCAAACAAAGACGAUCCAGAUACACUCUGUGUUACAUUUCGUAGUCUAUUCUUAGGUUUAUCAUUCAAUCUUCUACUGGCAACAUUAAACCAAUAUUUUAUAUUUAAAACGGUUACAUAUACAUUUCAUUAUGUCUUGGUGCUUCUAUUAGCAUAUCCCAUGGGUAAAACAAUGGAGCUUUGUCUACCACGAAAAACACUAGGUUCGUUCUCGUUGAAUCCCGGACCAUUUACUAUCAAAGAACAUGCUCUCAUAUUUUUAAUGGCCUAUGUUGCUAGUAUAAAUGUUUCGGCCAUCGAUGUAGUUGCAAUCGAAUAUAGAAUUAACCCGAGAUCAAAUUUUGUCGAAGGAUUAUUUCUUGUUAUUUCGUCACAGGUAUUAGGCUAUGGUAUGGCUGGUAUUAUGCGACGCUUUUUAGUUUGGCCUUCAGAAAUGAUAUGGCCCACUAUAUUGCCAUACAUUGCACUUCUUCGUACACUCCAUGAACGAGAACCACCAUUGACCCAUCGUUGGUUAAAAUUGACUCGUCUUAAGUUUUUUAUUCUAUUCUCUGUUGGUCAAAUGAUUUAUUAUUGGCUACCGGGCUACAUAAUGCCAGUACUUUCUACCUUCUCGUGGAUGUGCAUGAUCAAUCCAAACAAUCGUCUGCUUUCACAAUUAACCGGACAUUAUGGACUCGGAAUGGGCUCAUUUCAAUUUAACUGGUUAUCACUAACAUAUGGUUUACCAUCACCAAUCCUCGUACCACGUUGGGCACAAAUAAAUGUUCUUGUGAGUUUUGUAUUUUUUGUUUGGUUUCUAAUACCGAUUCUUUACUAUACGAAUGUGUGGGACUUCAAAAAUAUGCCGUUAAUAAGCUUAAGCUUGUUUUUUCCAAAUGGAAAAUAUUAUUCGCCGAAGAUAGACAUCAGCGGGACUACAGAACCUUUUCGAAUGAGUGUUUCAAAUGUGUUGAGCAUUUACUUUACGUUUGCUUUCUUUCCUACGUUGAUUACACAUACUAUAGUAUUUCAUGGUAAAGAUAUUUGGAAACAAUUUAGAACAUCAUUUAAAAAUCGGCAAAAUGAUGUUCAUUGUGUGUUAAUGUCUAGAUAUCCUGAAGCUCCCGAAUGGUGGUAUCUGAUUCUGUUUCUUGGCUCGUUUAUUGUUGCUGCUGUCAUUUGUCGGUAUGGUCAAUAUAUGCCAUGGUAUUUACUGUUUCUCGCUUUACCCUUAUCAUUUGCAUGUUUGUUACCCGUCGGUAUUCUCUUAAGCAUCACGAAUCUAUCUUUGAAUACCACUGUUCUUGUCGCUAUAAUUGGUAGUAUCAUACAACAUGGAGAUAUUGUUGGUGCGUCGACCUUUGCUACGUUUGCAUUCGGAACAUUUAAUCAGGCAUUGAGUCUAUCAGUUUAUCUUAAAUUUGGUCAUUAUAUGAAGUUAUCACCACGUUCCAUAUUCAUCAUACAACUUGUGAUGACCAUUGUGGCGGCUAUUUCUCGAUUUUUAAUGGCAAGUUAUUUAUCUAAACAUAUCCCUAAUUUAUGUAACGAAAAUAAAGAUUGGUCUUGUUCGAACUUAUUAACCACUGGAACAUUCUAUGCAGUACUAGUAUAUUCAGAUCCAAAAAAACUGUUUGGUCAAGAUUCAAUGUAUGCUAAUAUGCUCUAUAUAAUUUUGAUUGGCGCUCUGCUACCUAUUCUCAUCUGGAUUAUACAAUGGCGAUAUUCCAAAAUGAAAUGGUUAAAAUAUGUGCACAUACCAAUUAUGUUUAUGCAAGUGACUCUGGUUGGUUUUUUACCGGCAGACACCUUUCCAAGUUGGCUGUUAUUAGGCUUUAUUUUUCAUACGGUGAUUCGUAUGUGGUGGUGGAAUCGAUAUGCUCUGCUGUUUACUAUCGCUAUGGAUUUUGGCGUACAAACAAGUGUUUUUUUCCUAUUCUUUAUUUUAAAAUAUCAAAGUAUCAAUUUUCCAUCAUGGUGGGGAACCCAAGAGGUAUGUCCAUUGUCAAACGCAAACUAUUAUGGAAAUUUUCCGACUUAUUAG